UUAUGCCAAACAAUGUCUGUAUCUCUCAAGUCUCAAUCUCUCUUCACCAACCUCCAAAAGCUUGGCUUCAUUUCUAGAACACACUCAUAUCGUCGCCUGAUUCGGUGAGUUCUUCAGCGUGUCUCCAAUGGAAGGAAAGGUUUUACAAAAGUUUAAUGUAGAACAAUGCUGCUACUACCUACAAAAUAAGCAGUUUAAGACACGUUACCAAAGACAACCCAACAACCCAUACAUGUCUGCUUUACUUCCCUGUCCAAGAGGGAACCUCCACUCUUCCAUGCGUGCCCACACUACUUUGUCCAAAUACCACCAGACUACUACUCCUAUUUCCAAGCAAACAUCUUUUUACUGCAAUGCUUCUUUGUCAAGUGCAACUGUGCCGUCUCUUGACAAAACUGAUUUUCUGAAGCUUCAGAACGGCAGCGAUAUUCGGGGUGUGGCAGUCCCUGGGGUUGAGGGGGAACCUGUAAGCCUUCCUGAACCAGUGACUGAAGCCAUAGCUGCUGCGUUUGGGCAAUGGCUGUUGCACAAGAAGAAUGCUGGGUCCCGGAAGUUGAGAGUGUCCGUUGGCCAUGACUCUCGCAUUUCUGCACCAACCUUACUGGAAGCGGUUUCUCGAGGUCUCGGUGUUUCUGGAGUAGAUGUUGUUCAGUUCGGAUUAGCAUCAACACCAGCAAUGUUUAAUAGCACAUUGACUGAAGAUGAAUCAUUCUUGUGCCCAGCUGAUGGGGCUAUCAUGAUAACAGCAAGCCAUCUUCCUUACAACAGGAACGGUUUCAAGUUCUUCACCAGUGACGGAGGGCUAGGGAAGGUUGAUAUCAAAAACAUUCUGGAGCGAGCUGCAGAUAUCUACCAGAACCUUUCUGAUGAAAAUCUUAUGAAAUCACAAAGAGAAGUUUCUAUUAAAAAGGUUGACUACAUGGCAGUAUACACCUCUGGUCUUGUAAAUGCAGUUCGAAAAGCAGCAGGAGGUUUAGAGAAGCCUCUAGAGGGAUUCCACAUAGUUGUUGAUGCUGGAAAUGGAGCUGGAGGAUUCUUUGCUGCCAAGGUGCUUGAGCCUUUAGGAGCAAUUACUUCCGGCAGUCAAUUUCUUGAACCAGAUGGUAUGUUUCCAAAUCAUAUCCCUAAUCCGGAAGAUAAGACGGCAAUGCAAGCUAUAACCAAGGCUGUUCUUGAUAACAAGGCUGAUUUGGGUAUCAUCUUUGAUACUGAUGUUGAUAGGUCCGCUGCUGUGGAUUCAUCUGGCCGUGAGUUCAACCGUAAUCGUCUUAUUGCCUUGCUUUCAGCAAUUGUUCUAGAGGAACACCCUGGCACAACUAUUGUUACAGACAGUGUCACUUCUGACGGUUUAACCUCAUUCAUUGAGAAGAAGCUCGGCGGAAAGCAUCACAGGUUCAAAAGAGGAUACAAGAAUGUCAUUGAUGAAGCUAUUCGCUUGAACUCCACUGGAGAAGAAACACAUCUGGCUAUAGAAACCAGUGGCCAUGGAGCUUUGAAAGAGAAUCAUUGGCUCGAUGAUGGAGCCUAUCUCAUGGUAAAAAUAUUGAAUAAACUGGCUUCAGCCAGAGCUGCUGGUGAAGGAAGUGGCAGCAAAGUUUUAACAGAUCUUGUUGAAGGUCUUGAUGAGCCCAAAGUGGCUUUGGAACUGAGGCUUAAAAUCGAUAAGAAUCACUCCGACCUUGAAGGAAGAGAUUUUCGGGAGUAUGGAGAGACGGUCCUGCAACAAGUGUCGAACUCAAUAGAAACAAAUCCAAAUCUUAAAAAGGCUUCAGUUAACUAUGAAGGGAUCCGUGUUUCGGGCUUUGGUGGAUGGUUUCUUCUCAGACUCUCUCUCCACGACCCUGUUCUUCCUCUUAACAUUGAGGCGCAGAGUGAGGAUGAUGCUGUGAAGUUAGGCCUUGUGGUUGCUAAUGCAGUGAAGGAGUUCAAUGCUUUGGACACCUCUGCUUUGUCCAGUCUCACUCGCUCUUAAAUUGGUUUUACGGAUCUGUGAUCCUGUGGAAUCUUCUUGUCCUUUUUUUCUUUUUUCUUAAAAGGAACUAAACAAAGUUAUAUUCUCUGUUUGUUAAAAAAUGUCAUUCUAGCAUAUUUUUUUCUUGUUUCAAAAUAAGAGUAUCAUUCUGCAUU